UCGGUAGAGCAGCUGCUCCAUCUCUGCCUCUGUGACAGCUAGGUUAGCCUGUAAAUAACAGCACGAAGCUCGGCCACGGUACUGACUGGACACACCGUGGGUUGGACUAACAGCGUCUAUGUCCGCCAUUCUUCGGCUUUAUUUCUCCACUCCAUGUCUGGUCUUCAUGCUCCGGACCGUGUGUGCGGCAGACUGAGGCUGUGCCGGAUGAGCUAACCUCUCAACUGUGUUCAAAGACAAAAGCAUAAUUUUCACUGAGACCUCAGUUGUUGUCUGGUGGCGGAUGUCUCGUCACCUUGCUCUAAGGUCGGAGGACAGUUGGAGUCGAGAAGUGGGUUCGCAGCAGCAGUGAUGCGGGCCUCCGUGGCAGGCUGCAGGAUGAGUGUGGGUGCACUCCUAAACGGGCUGCUGGUCUCUAUAGUCGCAGCCCUGCUUUGGAAGUAUUCCAAGCUGAGUGAGCACGCUGCCCUGCUGGAAGAAGAGCUGCAUAUGACACGGCAGUCCCAGGAGCUUUCACAGGCCCGCAUCGACUACCAUGUUGCCCUGCAGGCUCUCCAGGAACACGGCACCCGCAUGGUCUGCACCGGCAAGAUGCACACUGACCGCAUCUGCCGCUUUGACUACCUCUGCUAUUGCUCCGAAGCAGAGGAGUUUGUUUUCUUCCACUCCAACUCCUCUGUCAUGUUACCAAACCUGGGCUCGAGGCGCUUUCAACCUGCCCUGCUAGACUUGUCCUCAGUAGAGGAUCACAACACCCAGUACUUCAACUUUUUAGAGCUCCCAGCUGCCGCUUUAAAGUUUAUGCCUAAGCCGGUGUUUGUACCAGAUGUGACACUGAUCCUUAACCGGUUUAAUCCAGACAACCUAAUGCAUGUGUUCCAUGAUGACCUGAUACCAGCCUUCUAUACAAUGAAGCAGUAUUCAGACUUGGAUGACGAGGCCCGUUUGGUGUUUAUGGAGGGCUGGGGUGAAGGCCCUCACUUUGACCUCUACCGACUUCUCAGCAGCAAGCAGCCACUGCUCAAAGAGCAGCUUAGGAACUUUGGCAAGCUCAUGUGUUUUACAAAAUCUUAUGUUGGCUUGUCCAAGAUGACCACCUGGUACCAAUACGGUUUUGUUCAACCACAGGGCCCCAAAGCCAACAUGUUGGUCUCAGGAAAUGAGAUUCGUCAGUUUGCCAAGGCUCUGAUGGAGAAAAUGAACAUCACAGGGGUGGAGGAGGUGGAGAAGGAUGGAGGGAGUGCUGAAGAGGAGAAAGAGAAAAGGGAUGAAUACAUUGUUGUGUUUAGUCGUUCAACAACAAGGCUGAUACUGAAUGAAGCAGAGCUAAUUAUGGCGCUGGCCCAGGAGCUCCAGAUGAGAGUGAUCACAGUGUCUCUAGAGGAGCAGUCUUUCCCCAGUAUCGUGCAGGUGGUCAGCGGUGCUUCCAUUUUAGUCAGCAUGCAUGGAGCGCAGCUUAUCACCUCACUCUUCCUCCCCAGAGGAGCUGCUGUGGUGGAGCUGUUCCCUUUUGCUGUGAACCCGGAGCAGUACACUCCAUAUAAAACCCUUGCCACCCUUCCAGGCAUGGACCUCCACUAUGUCUCCUGGAGGAACACAAAGGAGGAGAACACCAUCACCUAUCCAGACAGACCCUGGGAACAAGGGGGCAUCAUUCACUUGGAGAAGGAGGAGCAGGAGAGAAUACUGGCAAGCAAAGAUGUCCCGAGGCACCUGUGCUGCCGCAACCCAGAGUGGCUCUUCCGGAUCUACCAGGACACUUUGGUGGACAUCCCUUCCUUCAUUGAAGUCCUCAAAGAAGGAAUGAAGACAAAGCCCAGUGUUAAGAAGUCAAAGCCGGCGAGCACAGUCCAUCCGGGCCGCGUCAGAGAACCUCAGUGUCAGACCUCAGUACAAACCACUAAUGAGGCCAAACUCACAGUGUCCUGGCAGAUCCCUUGGAAUCUGAAAUACCUGAAGGUGCGAGAGGUGAAGUAUGAGGUGUGGAUCCAGGAGCAAGGAGAGAAUACGUACAUGCCUUAUAUCCUUCCCCAGCAAAACUACACCUUUUCAGAGAACAUUAAGCCCUUCACCACCUACCUGGUGUGGGUUAGGUGUAUCUUCAACAAGAACCUCCUGGGCCCCUUUGCAGAUGUUCUCAUGUGCAGGACCUAGAACAAACUCUCUGUGCAGUUUUACACAAAGGUAGAGUCAUGCUUGUUCCAGACAAUCAAAUCGGAGGAGUGGAGUGUUUGAUUGCAGUCCAGUGGGGUUGGUCAUUGUGAUACAGCCAAACCUAGAACAGUCUGAUGAACUCUUGCCCAGUAAUGUUUCCCUGUCCAGCACAGACAACAUAGAGACAUCUGGAAGAACUGUGGAGGACUGGAAGCACAGGGUCAGAACUUAGCCUUUCCUGUACCUAUAAGAGAGAGAAAAAGUGUAAACCAUGUCUCUACAGAAAUACCAUUAUUCAGAUCUGCAGAUUUAUUUAUGUGCAAAUAAUAUAUAAUGUGUUUUUUGUUUUUUUUAGUAUUAGUCACAACACUGGUCCUUUACCUUUUACAGUAUGCAAUAUAGAUUUUCUGAGAAGAGCAAGAAAGAUUUUAGAAUAGCAAGAUUUUUAAUGUUUUCUGACUAUGUCUGCUGUGUGUGUGCUCCCUGUGUGACUUAGUUGACCUGCCAAUUGUUUGAUUACACACAGCAUUAUUUGCAGAACCUAGCCAAAACCAAAGCAACAUUUCCCAUCAUUCAUGCCAUAUCAUUUUCUCACGGUCUAGAUUUCUCAUACUUCUAAUGUAUGAUGAGACGGAGACAGUUUAAAGCUCGUCUCUUAGGACAUUGUGAAGGACUUGUGUAACAGAAGUAUCAAGCAGGAUUGUUCCCUGAAAGUAAUUUAUGUGUUUGUCCAUGAAAGCAGAGAUAUGUGUAAUUUUAUGUUUUCUGGAGCAUCUUGUGAUGAAAGAGCCUGUUCUUUAACAGCCAAAUUAUUUUUCUUACAUGUUAUAAAUAUAAUAACACAAAUUUGUGUGGUGGAGCCACAGAUCAGUAUCUGUUAAACUGCAUAAAUAGAAGAUUUUGGUUACCUAAUUGGCAAU